AUGGCUCCGCCGCCGCCGUUCCUCCUACUGCUCGCCCUCCUCCUCCUCAGCCCCGCCGCCCGCUCCCAGCGCCGCCGCACGCCGCCCCUCUCCGCCGACUACUACGCCCGCUCCUGCCCCACCUUCGACCAGAUCGUGAGCCGCACCACCACCGACAAGCAGAUCUCGUCCCCCACCACCGCCGCCGGCACCCUCCGCCUCUUCUUCCACGACUGCUUCGUCAGCGGCUGCGACGCCUCCGCCCUCGUCUCCCCCACGCGCACCGGCGGCCCCACCGAGCGCGAAGCCGACAUCAACCUCUCCCUCCCCGGCGACGCCUUCGACGUCGUCGUCCGCGCCAAGACCGAGCUCGAGCUCAUCUGCCCCGGCGUCGUCUCCUGCGCCGACAUCCUCGCCACCGCCGCCCGGAACCUGGUCGUGAUGGCCGGCGGCCCGCACUACAAUGUACUGUUGGGCCGUAAGGACUCGCUCACCUCCCGGGCCUCCGACGUCAAGGGGCAACUCCCAAAGCCCACUAUGACCAUGGCCCAAAUGAUCCAAAUAUUCGAAUCCAAAGGAUUCACUGUCCAGGAGAUGGUGGCCCUAUCCGGAGCCCACACAAUCGGGUUCUCCCAUUGCAAAGAGUUCAAAUCCAAUAUCUACAAUUACAAGGGGUCUCAAUCAGGAUUCCACCCGGCUUACUACCCGCAAUUCGCCGCCGGACUCCGGCGCGCCUGCUCCAACUACACGAAAAACCCAGAUCUAUCAGUAGUCAACGAUAUAAUGACGCCGCACACAUUCGACAAUAUGUACUACAGCAAUGUGAAAAAGGGGUUGGGGCUUUUGUCGUCGGAUCUCGCAUUGAGCUCCGACCCGAGAACCCGAAACUAUGUUGAUCUUUACUCGAAAAACCAGAGCGCGUUUUUCGAUGCUUUUGCGAAGGCCAUGGAGAAGCUCAGUGUUUAUGGUGUGAAGACGGGGAGGCAAGGUGAAGUUAGGCGCAGGUGUGAUGCUUUUAACAAUUGA